AUACUUUGCCAUGCCUCGGUCUCUUUUAGACACUGACCUCUACAAGCUCACUAUGCAGCAGGCCGUCCUGCGCCAUUUCCCUGACGUACAAGCGACAUACCGCUUUACACAUAGAGACGAAGACGUGUACUUCACUAGGGAAUGCUAUGAGCGCUAUAUCUCGACUUUACCUCAUUUUAAUGAGCUCAUCGCGACUCCAGAAGAGAUCGCUUGGCUACGUCAGACUUGUCCGUUCUUUGGCGAACCAUACCUAGAAUACCUGGCCAAGUUCCGAUUCAAGCCGGAACAACUACAUGUCGAAUUCAAAGCAUUGAAAGACGACCCAAAUAAGGGACGCUUGGAGAUUAGUGCUGUCGGUCCAUGGGUAGAGACGAUACUCUGGGAAGUACCACUCAUGGCUUGUCUCAGUGAAAUUUAUUUCCGCACAGCGGAUACAGAUUGGAGUUAUGACAGUCAAGAAGAGAUUGCUUACGAGAAGGCUAAGACGCUUCUACAAGCAGACAUUCAAUUUAGCGAAUUUGGCACGCGUAGACGACGUUCUUAUUAUAUCCAAGACUUGGUGGUCGCAACGCUUAUACGAGCAUCUAAUGAGUUUCCGGAUAAGGGGAAAGUUGUCGGGACAAGUAAUAUGCAUCUCGCUUUCAAAUAUGGUAUUAAGCCGAUAGGAACCAUUGCACAUGAAUGGUUUAUGGGUGUAGCAUCUCUUCGUGGAUACGAAGGAGCUAAUGGGCUCGCACUCGAUUUGUGGGAAAAGGUGUAUCCCGACGGACCACUUAUCGCCCUCACAGAUACGUUCUCUACGGAAGUUUUCUUCAAGGACUUCACCAAAGACAAGGAGCGCGCUCUGCGCUGGCAUGGUCUUCGUCAAGACUCGGGAGACCCCUUCGUAUAUGCGCCUCUUGCGAAGGAGAUCUAUGAGAGCAUGGGAAUCGACUAUCGCAAGAAGUCUAUAAUUUAUUCCGACGCGCUGACGGAUGAAAAGGCGCUUAAGAUUAAGGCUCAGUGUGACGAGCUAGGAAUCACCUGUUCAUUUGGGAUUGGCACGUUCUUGACGAACGAUUUCCGUUCUGUUUCCUCGGGAGGGAAACAGAAGAGUAAAGCACUUAACAUGGUCAUCAAGAUUGCUAACGUCAACGGAGCGCCGUGCAUUAAGAUUAGCGAUGAGAUCACGAAGAACACGGGCGAUCCUGCUGUGGUGAAGAAAGUCAAAGAGAUGUAUGGACUGCGCAUCCGAGAUUGACGCCUUUUUGGUACAAGUUAAAUAAGAUAUUCAGCUAUUGGGUAGAAUAGAAAAGAUUUUAAGUACUAUAGAUUC